UAUUUGGAUUUAUUUCAACAUUUCGUUUCAACAUGUCUCCCCAAGCCGAUUAAACUCUUAAUAGAAGCAACUGUGAUUUUUCUGAGACCACAACGGUGCGUACCUUAGCAUCCAGCUAGUGGGCCGUUGUCAGCCGGGAGCAGAACCAAAACAACAGCAUCAUCAUCAAUGGUGUGUCUACAUCCAGGAGCAGUCACAUUGUCCUGUGUGUGCUCAAUGAGCUAUCACCUCAGCUCACAUCACAGCUGCACAUGUAUGGCGUUUGCAAGACGUGAAGGGGAGUUCUGCCAAGCCCAGCACCUGCUGCUCAUUGUGGACAAGUGAACCAGAUACUCAAAAGGCACAAACACUGCCAUUCACACUCACGCAGGCUUUCAUUGCCAUCCUGUCAAACCCCUAUGAAGAAAGGACACCGUUCAAUCUGUCACCCCGUUUUGGGAACAGAGGAGACUUUGCUUGGUCUUAGCAGAGUCUCGACUUCCUCGCCACUUCCUUUUUUCGCUUAUCCUCUCCUCUUUUUCACUUUCAUGUCCUCCCGACUCACAAUUCACUUUGUUGAAUCAUUUUUAGGCUGAGAAAUUUUAAAGGAAGACCAGCAUAGAUUUUUUUUUUGCCUUCCAUUCUAUAAAGCACAUUACCUUUUGCAAAUUAGGUAACACACUAGUGUGGAUGUAAAAAUGAAUCGACCGGCUGCAGUGGAAAUCUCCUAUGACUGUCUAAGGUUCCUUAUCACACACAAUCCCACUAACGCACAACUUGGAAGGUUUAUAGAGGAUCUGAAGACAUAUGGAGCUAACACCCUUGUAAGAGUAUGUGCUGCUACUUAUGACAAGGCACCGGUAGAACAAGAAGGCAUUCGAGUCCUGGAUAUGCCAUUUGAGGAUGGCUCUGCCCCCCCAGAGCAGGUGGUCGAUGAUUGGCUGAGUCUGCUGCAGACAAAGUUUCGAGAUGAGCCUGGCAGCUGUGUGGCUGUGCAUUGUGUUGCUGGUCUGGGAAGAGCUCCUGUGCUUGUGGCUCUAGCUCUAAUUGAGUGUGGGAUGGAGUACGAAGAUGCUGUUCACUUCAUAAGACUGAAGCGUCGUGGGGCAUUCAACUCAAAGCAGCUGCUUUUCCUGGAAAACUACAAACCCAAAUUGUGCUUGCGCUCCAAAGAUGCGAAUGGACAGAGCUGCAGCAUACAGUAGGAAUCGACAAGCACCCCACCACCUAUAUCUUUACUGACGUGUCAUAGGGUGAUCAAGCAUGUUUUGAUGAUAUUGGAUGUUAUAAAGAUGUCCGUGAAAUUCUCACUCGCUAUAUGUAAGAUUAUCCAAGAAGCAACAAAACAUGUAAAGAACGUAGACCAUCUUUUGCCGCAGGUUAGCAGGUCCAUUUUGGUGCAUCAACAAAGGAUGCUGGAAAUGGUUUGGAGCGUGAUGUUUUGAUAAAGUUAGAUAAAGCACACAUCAUCUAUUAAAAAUAUGUUUAAAUCCAAUCUAAGGUAAAUUGUGUUCUUAGUUUUGGCUUCAAUUGUAAUUUGGUGUUCCACUGUGCAAAACUUCACUAGUAGCACAUUUUACAGUUCUGAUGUUUUUAGCUAUUUGGCCGUGGAAAAGUCUCCUGGUGGCCUUCAACAAAGAAGUCAUGCGUGUUUCUUCAUGCUUCGAAGUAACAGCUGCACUGACACAUUUACAAGUGGUUAUGUUUGGUGAGUCAAAGACAACAACACAAGUCAGGGAUCUCUCUGCACACUGCAGUGGCCGAUGUGAGAACCAAGGUAACUAUAAAACCGCCUGCUGGUACGGGGAAAUGGAGAUCAUUUAGAAAAGGGUUUAGAAAUUGGCUCAUGUUUUUUUUAAAGACGAUUAAGCAGUCUAAGAAAGGCUAUUUUUAUUCUUUAAUCAGCAUAACAGAUUCUACUACAAGUAUACCUGUAUGUAGUGUCAGUGUCAGAAGACUGCGAACCUGGAUUAGCUAUCAUUUAGCAAGACAAUUAAAUCUAAUCAAACCAAGAAUAUUAUGAGUAUGAGUACUGUAUAUGUAGACAGAUGACAAAUUAAAUUACUUGGAAUUACAAGGUUACAUUUUUUUAACCAAAAAAUAUAAAACCGCCACCAAUGGCUAACAUGCAUAGUUAACAUACAAGAAAAAGAUUGAACAAAAACAUGUUUUUCACAAUUACAAAUUAAACUGCAUAAAAAUUUGCCCAAGACACUUUGAGGAAACAGAGAAAGCGACCCCAUAGACAAUUAAUAAUUAACAACAACUAAAAACAAAGGUUAAUAUAUUGUCUAUGUAAUAUAUUUGUUAAAUCAACUGGGGGAAUAGUUAAUAAAUAGCUCUUUUCCCCAGUGGGAGCUUUUCUCAGCCACACAAGCACAGAGGGUUAGUAGUGUAUUUCACCUGAGACCAUAGUGAGGAUACGAGGCAUAGAGGAUGGAUGUAUUUCAAAUCGUAGCAUAAAGAAUACAAGACUUCAGAGUAAUUUGUUUAUUUACUUUAAACCCUAUCUCUGUGUGGAGUUUGCAUGUUCUACCCGUGCGUGCGUGGAUUUUCUCCAGGUACUCCGGUUUCCUCCCACAUUCCAAAAACAUGUAUGUUAUGUGAACUGGGGACUCUAAAUUGUCCAUAGUUAUCAAUGUGAGUGUGAAUGGUUGUUUGUCUAUCUGUGCCCUGCGAUUGGCUGGCGACCAGUCCAGGGUGUACCCCGCCUCUCGCCCAAAGUCAGCUGGGAUAGGAUUCAGCAUACCCCCACGACCCUAAUGAAGAUAAAUGGCAUAGAAAAUGGAUGGACUUUAAAACCUGAAGUAUAUUGAGGUGGCAAUACAAUAUUUCCUGGGUAAUAUACAAAAACAGAAACAACACAGGACAAAAUCAUAUAAAAUAUGUCACAAUGGUAUUUUAAACAAUAAAAAAGAAAAAUGAAAUAAUAAAACCAUUAAAAUAAAUGAUUCAUUAUUAAGAACGACUAUAAGAAAGAAUACUUUAUUCACAAUUCACACAUGACUCCGUUUACGAAUGGCCCUCGUUUUAACAGGCUCAGACUGACUGAUGGAGCAGUGUGCCGCUGCGCUUACGCACUUACUGAGGCGGAAGAAAAGUAGUUCCCACCAACCGUGUAUCAUUUAGACAAGGUCUCAGUAAUUUAGGAACGUUCCACUGUAUUCCUGUUAAUUAUAUACAUUACCUCAAAUGACUGACGUCUCAACACAUUGAAAUUGUAAAUGUAGUAUUCCACAUUGGUCACUAGGUGUCAAUAAUUGUACGCUGAAACAAGCACCAGUCUUGAUUACGGAACAAAAGGCUUUUAUUGCAGGUUUAAAUGAUCUCACAACAGGAACAAUAAUAACAACAUAAUAAUCAUCAUCAUAAUAAUAAUACAACAGCUACUGUUGCGGCCGUAACCCACGACAAGCUAAAACGCUGAACCCCCAACGUCACAUUCACAGUGACAGACACAAGCACAAGUUUUACCUAUGUCUUAAAUGGCUUAUUUUCUCUUAAUUAUAUCUACUGUAUUGGGUAGUACAAGUGUAAAGGUGACUAUAUGGGUGUUAUUUCAUGUCUAGAGGGCUCUAAUAAUGUUAAAAAUUAUAUUUAGAAGAUCGUUAACAGGUUUUCUAUGCCAUAACUAUAAAAAUAUUACAUUUCGAAAGAAGGAAUUUUACUUCACGGAAAUUCACUUGUCACAGUCAGGUCUGGAAUCAAUUAACCGCGAUAAAGGACUACUGUACGUUGAAAAGUUAGCGCCCUCUAGGCAGCCGCUUAUCUGUGACAUACAGCAACUUUAAUGUAAAGGGAUGGCCACUUUUUCAUGUCUGACACUGAUACCGAUACUGCAAUGGUGUAUAUCCGCCGAUUUGACCUGUAUUGAAUACUGAUCUUUAGUAUAGCAUAUCCAGUGUAUACAUUAUAUUGUUAUAUUUGUACGUUCAAAGAUAGGUGACACGUUUGCGAAAUGAUCAUAAAACACAGGAUCUGAUAGUGUCACUCGUGCUUCGAAAAAACAUACCGUGAAGUCAAGCCCCUUCUUUUCUUCCUGUGAUGUUAAAAGUGAUCUGCAGCAUAAAAUGUUACGAAGUUAUGUAAUAGUGAGUGUGUGCUUUGACUUCUCAUUCCGUGCCACAUAAUUUGCGUCCAGGAUCAAUUAACAAAUGUAUGUCAAGAUAAAAGCAAACUGAAUUGUCUCCGGUUGUAGUUAAAAGAACAAACGUUACUGUAUUAAACAGUUCAAAUGUACCUACUGUUUGUCCCAUGUCACAGUGCAUUAUGCAGUUUGUCACUUGUCACAAGGAUGUGUUCAACAGAAUGUAUUCUUAAAAGUUAAAAAACAUUUUGUAUAUUGUCUUAGAACAUAUGAAUAGUAUUAUCUUAUUAGUUCCCUCAUCGUGUCAUAUCUCCAUAACACAACUUGCUAUCAACAUAGUUUGUACUGGAACAUCAAUAUCUUAUAGUCUGCAUGGGAACAGUCCUUGGGUGCACAGUGGGGUGAUAGCCGGGCUCUGUGCAACCACACGAGCACACCUAUCACUGUUACUGUACGCAAGUUUACUUGUUCCUGUUUCAACCAUGGAGCACAACUUUGAAGCUUACAGUCAAAUGGUUUUGCUGUGUAAUUCCAACUGUGCUUGUAACAUGCUGUCAUUUAUAUUUUCCGUCAGGUUAUUCCCCUUUUGUUCCUCUUGGUCUCUUUUUGUUCUCUGUUUUUCAUUUUGCAGUGUUUGUUUGUGAAAUGUCUAAUGAAAUUAAAAGUGACUAUGUAGUGUA